AUGGCGGCCAAAUCCAGGGCGAGAGUGCUGAUCACUCGUUUGAUGUCCACUGCGGGGACGGGCUACUUUUACACUACCAAGAGAUUGCGCGUAGCUGAUAAAUUGGCAAAGAUGAAGUAUGAUCCUGUUGGUGAGUUUUUUUUUUCUACCUUUGCACAUUAUUGGCUGGUCGGGCUGGCAUUGGCGGACAAGGAUACGAGAGAGACUUUUUGCAAGGAGCGUUGAAUGGUACUAGCCAAGGUCGUCAGAGGGUGAGAAGCGUUAGCGUUGGCCUGGACUGAGCUGGGGCCGGGCUUCUUGAAGAAAAGGGAGGAAGCUUGGUCUGCACCGGACCUGAUCACCACUUGCCGGAAAACUCGCAACGUUUCGACUUUGUUCUUCGUCAAAAAGAUUGCUGCUGAAAGCGCCCUUGCUCUGCUCAUGCUGCUCUUCCAGUCAAGAGGCACGUCCUCUUCAAGGAAGUCAAAAAGUAA